UGAGAAACAAACGAAGACAACACCUAAAAAGAAAAAGAAGCGUAAACCUUUAUUACCAAAAAACUAUAAUCCAGAUGUAUCAUCAGAUCCCGAACGUUGGUUACUUAAACAGAAAAGAAAACAGCAAUUAAUGAAAGGAUCACAAGGCGUUGCAGUUGCUGGAAGUGGUAUCGGAGGUAUAGGAA